GGCGGCUCGGCGGGACGGAGUGCACGCUGCUUGGCGCCGCGGGCGGAUCCCGCCGUGUCCUCGGGAGCAGCGAUGUUGGGCACGUCUGCGGCCCGCGAGGCGGGCUCGGCGCCGCUAACGUUGCAGCAGACGGCACCCCAAGAGGACCAGGAGAACAUCAACCCCGAGAAGGCGUCUCCCGCCCAGCAGCCCCGGACGCGGGCAAGGCUGGCGGUCCUGAAGGCCGGGAGCCAGCGGGGUCCGGCGCCGCCGCCGAGGCCCAAGACGCGACGGGUGGCACCUCUUAAGGAUCUUCCUGUAAAUGAUGAGCAUGUCGCUGUUCCUCCCUGGAAAGCAAACAGUAAACAGCCUGCAUUUACCAUUCAUGUGGAUGAAGCAGAAGAAGAGACUCAAGAGAGGCCAGGUGAAUCUAAAGAAACAGAAUGUGAAGAUGUCCUGGCGUUUAAGUCAGCUCUUACUUUACCUGAACCAAGAAAACCACUGGUACCUCUUGAUUAUCCAAUGGAUGGGAGUUUUGAGUCGCCACACACUAUGGACAUGUCCAUUGUACUGGAAGAUGAAAAGCCAGUGAGUGUUAAUGAAGUCCCAGACUACCACGAGGACAUUCAUACAUACCUUAGGGAGAUGGAGAUUAAGUGUAAGCCUAAAGCAGGUUACAUGAAGAAACAGCCAGACAUCACCAACAGUAUGAGGGCUAUCCUUGUGGACUGGUUAGUUGAAGUAGGAGAAGAAUAUAAACUACAGAAUGAGACCCUGCACUUGGCUGUGAACUACAUCGAUAGGUUCCUUUCCUCCAUGUCUGUGCUGAGAGGAAAACUUCAGCUUGUGGGCACCGCUGCUAUGCUCUUAGCCUCAAAGUUUGAAGAAAUAUACCCCCCAGAAGUAGCAGAGUUUGUGUACAUUACAGAUGAUACCUAUACCAAGAAACAAGUUCUAAGAAUGGAGCACCUCGUUCUGAAAGUCCUUGCUUUUGACUUGGCUGCACCGACCGUGAAUCAGUUUCUCACCCAGUACUUUCUGCACCAGCAGCCUGCGAACUGCAAAGUGGAAAGCUUAGCGAUGUUUCUGGGAGAGUUGAGUCUGAUAGAUGCUGACCCCUACCUUAAGUACGUGCCGUCAGUUAUUGCCGGAGCGGCCUUCCACCUAGCACUCCAGACUGUCACGGGUCAGAGCUGGCCUGAGUCCUUGGUCCAGAAGACUGGCUACACCCUGGAGAGUCUGAAGCCCUGCCUCCUGGACCUGCAGCAGACCUACCUCCGAGCCCCCCAGCACGCACAGCAGUCCAUCCGCGAGAAGUACAAACAUGCCAAGUAUCAUGGUGUUUCUCUCCUUAGCCCACCAGACACGCUACAUGCGUAACCGUGCAAGACUGACUGUUUUCUAAGAUUUAAAUCCGAGUAUGAGGUGUACAGUUUAUCUUAGGCUUCACUUAUACAAUCAUUUCUGAAUACAAAAGUUAUGGUCAAGUACAAAUUAUGGUAUCUAUUCCUUUUUUAAUGGUUUUAAUUUGUAUAUCUUUUGUACAUGUAACUAUCUUAGAUACGUGGCUAAUUGUAAGUGGUUUUGUUAAGUAUUAAUGAUGCCAGCUGUCAGGUAAUAAUAAAUUGAUUUGGAAAAUUUGGUUUGUAAGUCUAAUUUGAGGUAAAAAUUUGACUGCAGGGUUUCACUCAGAAUAAUUAAUUUCUCCUAUGGGGACUGGGAACCUUCUUAAAUUUAAAAAUCUUGUAGUUUAAUCAGUUGUGACAGUCCUUCGUGCACAAGAAAAUGCUGCUCUGUGCGUCGGCCUUGCACUUAACUGAAGUGACAGUGUUUAAACCUGUAGUUUUCCAGAAGGUUUUAAGAGCGUAAUGUAAAAACUAAAGAAAUGACUAGAUUUUAAAAUGGAUUUGUAAAU